AUGAACCCAUUCCCAAACACCCCAUUCAUUCACACACCAAUGGGUGAUAGUAGUAGGAAUGAUGGAAGUGGGAGUGAGGUCGAGCAGGAUGAUGUUGAUUUGGAGGACGACGAUUACGCAUAUGAGGAGGAUCAUGAUGAACAGGAUGACGAAGACGAUGAGGACGAUGAGGACGAUGAGGACGAUGAAACAGCUGAUGGUGACGACAGGGUGGAUGACAGUGCCACUCACAAGAUGUUGAGGAGGAGGAAGAAGUUGGACAGAGAACAAAAGUCAUUGUUUAAGAAGCCACCAGACUUUGGAUGCUAUACCAACAACAAGUUGGAGCCACAGCAGCAACAGCCGACAGUGUUCACACUCAAUCAAUCAGGCCAGAACAGACUGUCGAGAUCCAAGCAGAUGAUGUCACCGCCACCACAACACAACUUCAUAUCGACGUCAUCUUCAAUCAAUGACACUGAUGCCUCAUUGGACGGCUCUGAACUGCUGGACAACUAUACAGACAGCGACUUUAGCAGCGCACCCACACAACUGUCAGACAUGGCCAAGGUGGACAACAACUGCUCGCCAAUCUUUGCCAAAGCACUUCACUCUGGAUCCUUCCACAUCCAGUCACAGCUCAAUCGCUACACCACUGACUUUAAGCAGAAGAACUGGAACGAUGAGUUCCAGACCCUCUUGGCACUUCCCGACACUGAGUCCAAGUUCUCCAAGUUGUCCCAUUUGGCAAGGGACUUUGUGUUUGCUGCAAAGACAUAUGCCACCAUUAUCAUCAAUGAGCUGUGCUUGCCGUUUGAGCAAAAGAGCUUGCGACCUGUGGACAUGGGAGGAUUCGCUGGUGGACUAAAGUAUUACUGUCAGGGUAUCCUGUUCAAGUUUGCGAUGGAUUCCAUGUUGAAUGAGGACUGUUGGAUGUAUGGUGGACCCAUUCCCAGAGAUGACUAUGCCUCAAAGUCUGCAUCCAAUGAGCUCAAAGGACUGAUAUCGUACUACAUGGCAGGCGUGCCAGGCCUACACUAUCCUUUGAUCGCUCUGAUAGAUUAUAAAGGAUUCAGAUUGAUUGCAUUGUCAUUGUUACCAAUCAAUUCAGAGACGAUACGAUAUGGAUCAUCAGAUAGUGGAACUAUUGUACAUGAUGAUAUUAAGGAGUUGAGCGAGAAGAUGAAUGAAGCGGCAAGGAUCAUCAAUUUGAAGGCUCAUCGCGUUGGCAGUGUGGAUGAGUUCACCAAAGAGCUGUCCAGUCCUGGCGACCUCGAGGCACAUCUUGGCAACGACAGCAGAUACUACGUCAUUGACUUUAGUCGAACAUUCCCUCCAGAGGCACUCACGCGAGAGGAUCUCAACAGAAGGAGUAUCUUUUACAACUUGCUUCGACCAGAGUUUGUGUCCAAAUGGUCAAAGCCUUUGUGUAGCGACUCAUUUACGGGUUGGCAGAGGCUGGAUCAGAACAAACAGAUGCAUAAUAUGGAGGUGGAGGAGGCCACCAAAUACUUGUUGACUACACAGGUCAAGCAGUUGGCAGAGAAGUUGGACAAGGAGUUCAAGGGCAGGAUGUUGAACCAGGGUGUUAUAAGCGCAUUGGCACCGGAUGAGCCAUCCAACUUUGAUGAGAUCAAGACACAGUUUGCCACCAAGUUCUUGCCAAUCAUUCAGAAGCGGUUCGAGACGAUGGAGGUGCAGAACCAGCAGCAGUUUGCCGUCACGGACGAGAUCAACACGGCCAACAUGGUGGAGAGUGUCGAGUCUACCAGCUCGAUGAUGCCUGAGCUGCCUGUCAAGCGACUGGCCAGGACGUUGAACAAUGUGAGGAACGAAACGCCACGCCAACUCCUCAUGAUCAUUGAGGAGAUGCAUAGAUUCGGGGUCAACCUGCGUCACAUGGGUCGACUCCGUUUCCACUCAAUGUCCAUUCGUCUGAGAGACCUACUUCUCUUGGAGAUGACUGCAAGAUCAAUCAAGAGUAUAAUCAAGGAAGAGAUGAGAUUAAAGAUGAAGGAGGUACAGGGCUUGUCAGAGGAGCCAUUCAAACAGGUGGUCAUCACGAUAUUCAAUCAGAUAUUAGACUACAAGUCAUUGAUUUGGAAGCGAGUGUUCUCAACGAUACAGAGCAAGUAUUAUAUGGCCUUCCAGAUUGCCGAUGAGACCAGCCCAACGGGAUCAAUCGAUGAGGUGCCCAGCGACAAUGACUCUUGGAUGGAGAGUAUCAAUGCCAAGAACCUGUUUGAACGCAUGCAACUGCUCACUGGCAUUGCCUUGUCACCACUGGCGCAGUACGAGUUCUCUCGAGACCCACUCCUAUUCCAAUUUGUCGACUCGGACAUUCAAGAGAUCUACUCAACCGUCAAGCAUAUGAACAUUGUGGAUUAUGCAGAGGGCAUGGCGCUGUCCAUGUCGGCGGCCAACAAAAAGGGUCGAGAGCGUCUGCGUCUGCUCAAGAUGGCCACGUCCAAGUUUGAGUCGUCGCUCAAGUCCAACCCCGACAACCUCGAGUGCAUCUGCCAGCUGGGUCGCACACUGGUCACGCAGGCCGAGUCGAUCACGGCGGUGGCCGGCUCAUUUGGCAAGAACCUAUACAUCAAGUCGCUCGAGGAGGCGUCUGAGAAGUUCAAGCAUGCCAUCACAAUUUCGCCAGACUACUCCCAGGCGUACUAUGAACUGGCGCAGGUGUAUCUAUUGAUCGCGCAGCACUACUACUCACUGCCAUUCAAGGCCAAGCGAUACUUCUUGAUGGCAUCGAAUGAGUUUAGCGCAGGCCUACAACGCAUACCCAGCAGGACAUCAACGCGCUACAAGGCCAUGUCAGACUUGGUGCUGGACACUGCCACUCGCCUGUUUGAGAAGGGACUGGAGGGCUGGUCCACCUACAUCAUUGGAGUGACAAUCAUUUGCGAGGCAUUGGAGAAGCUCAACGACAAGGACUCUAGCGUCAAGGUGUUGUUGGCCAAGUCAUACAUCUAUCGACCAUUCUACAACAACGAAGAGAAUGACGAGCGAUUGCAUUACUACAGUAAGGCGGCCAGCAAGUUCCAGCAGGCUCUACUACUGUCCGAGGACAAGAAGUAUGAGAUACUUGAGAUUGGUCGAGAGAUUUGGCUCAAGUCCAAGGUGGGCAACCGCAAGCUUGCCUACCCAUCGACCUACAUCUUCCGGCUCCUAGUUCAGAGUUCAUACCUCCAAGAGAACAAGGUCUACUCAAUGUAUCUAGACUCUUUGAUUGAGAUAUCAAGGAUGGAAGUUACCAACAUGGAGAUCAACAAAGAGUUGGCAAUAUUGAUUGAGAAGAUGUUGAGUAUCAACAAUCCAUACGCAAGGGACAAACUUCAAUCUGCCAUUGACAACCAGAAACAGGAGUUGUGCGACUUCCUUGUGGCGGCAGUGUUGUCAGAUGUAUUGAAGACGUUGCUCAAGCAAAAGGCAACGGGCGUGAGGAGUGUUUUGUUGCAAAUGACAUCGAUCAGUGAUCAAACAUUGUUGGCAUUGGGUGAUAUAUUCGAACAGAUGGACGAGCUCAACUUGUCCACUUGCCCACUGCUCACGGACAAUGGUAUUGCAGAGUUUCUCACCAAUCAUGGCAAGACUCUCACCACACUCAAUCUAUCGAGCACAGCGGUCAGCGCCAAGACCAUCACGAUCAUCUCCAACUUUUGUCCAUUGAUCCACACGCUCAAUGUACAGAACUGUCCACUGGCCGACACAGAGACACUGCUCCAGCUGUCAUCAUUGUCACGACUGAAGCGUCUGGACAUCUCCAAGUGCAAGAUCACCAACGAUGUCAUCACACAGUUCUCCACGUCCCACCAGCUCAGCGAGCUGUGCGUGCGCAACCUGAACCGUGUGAGUGACGACGCACUCCAACUGUUUGGAUGCCAGCUCAUCAAGGUACUGGACCUCAGCUCGUGUUCCAAGAUCACGGACCAGGCAUUCUUGCAACUGCCACACUGUCCACUGAUGGAGGUACUCAUCUUGGAGGCCUGCUACAAUCUGACUGACGCAUCCGUUGUCAACAUCUCUCACAAGAUGCCAUCACUCAAGAAGCUGUCGCUCAAGGGCUGCAAGUUCAUCACGGACGUGGGCAUCAUUAACCUGGUGCAGCGAUGCAUUCGUCUCGAGGAUUUGAAGCUUUCUCGUUGCCAAUCAAUGACGGACGACUCGAUCGACGCCAUCUCCACACAGAUCUCUGGUACAUUGGAGCGCAUAGACAUAUCAAUGUGUCCACAACUGUCCGAAGCAUCAUUCCUCCAACUCAUCACACGCUGUGAUCGUCUCACAGCCAUCAACUUUUCAGAGAAUGUCAAGGUAUCCAAUGUUGUCGUCGAGCUCAUCAGUGAGAAGUUCCCCAACCUUCAACAUCUAAGACUUGAUUCCUGCACCAAAACAACUGACAUGGAUGGACAGUUGGCUGUAUACAACAAUAAGCUUCAGACAUUGAGCAUCAAGAAAUCACAGAUGAAUCAUCAGAGUUUCUUGAACCUUACGUCAUCACUGAUCAAUCUCACAUCACUCACGGUAAAGUCGUGUCUCCAGUUGACAGACAUGUCAUUCGCAUCAAUAGGCAUGCUUGAACAUCUGGAGUUCCUCGACAUUAGUGACAACUACCGACUCUUGGACAACUCAAUGUUGACAAUCUGCAAGAGUCUUCACAAGCUCCAGUAUCUGGACAUAUCACAAUGUGUUAGGUUAUCAACCAAAUCAUACUUUAUGAUUGGUAAGCACUUGACAAGAUUGGAGGCAUUGAUUAUGCAUGGAUGUUUGAGUGUGGACGACGCGUCAAUAGUGUAUAUAGCAGAGAAUAUGACGCAGUUGAGACACAUGGACUUGUCCUACUGUACCAACAUCACGGACAAUGCAGUGUUUGCCCUGUCUAAUCAUCAGCGCUUCUUGGAGAAGCUCUAUCUGAGAGACUGUCGAUCGAUCACUCAGGCAUCAAUCGAUCACGUCAAGGAGAAGUGCAACCUCUUCCGUCUGACACGUCUCUCACUUCACUCAUUGCCAUUGAUUGGUGAGCUGAUGGGUGCGCCCAACAAGGCACUUUUAAAGCCCAUCACCUACAAGGAUCGGACAUCAUCCAAUGAGUGGCGGCUCAAGUCCAAGAAGAUGCAUGAACUCGUCAUGGAGAAUAAGGAGAAGGUCGAACAGAUAUUGUUACAAAAGUCCCCACCGCCCACCUCCAAGGCGCCUCCCCAGAAGCCUGUCUAUCUACCAUUCACCGAGAAACGAGACUAUCACACACUGAGUCGAGGUGAUCGUACUGGAUUGGAUCCAGAACAUCUGGAGUACUAUCUUGCUGAGGAUGACUUUGUAAGAUUGUUUGGAAUGUCCACAAAGAAGUAUGAAGUUACUACCAAGUGGAAGAGAGAGGAAAGGAAGAAACAACUUCAUCUAUUCUAG